AUGGACAUGUACGACUUCUCGGGCCACUUAAUGGACGGUGCUUUCGGAAGCGUUUACUCGGCGAUCAGAAGAGCCGACGGACUGCCGGUCGCCGUGAAGGUAGUGAGAAACUCCUCGGCGUCCUACCUGACGAACGAAUCGGGCGAAACGAUAUUGGCGGAGGCGCACUUCCUCUGGGUGGUCUCGGGGAUCGAGGGUUGCAUCGGAUUCGUGGACGUUCACCAGGUCGGAGACCGCCAUUUACUCGUGAUGGAACGGCCGCUUCGGAGCUCCGACCUAUUUCAAGUUCUGGAGAAAGUCGGCAAUAUCCCGAAGGAGAGAUGCAGAUGCUUCUUUCGGCAAAUCGUGGACGCCUGCGUCGGUUGCUUGAAACGAAACGUAGUUCACGGAGACCUGAAGAUGGAGAACGUGAUCGUCGAUCUGGACACGGACAGGAUCGGUUUUCGGUUUCGCCAAAUUCGUCGACGACCAACCGAUCGCCAGCGCUUUCGGAACCACCGAUCAUUACCUUCCUCCGGAGAUGCUGAAACAUCGAUUCAUAUAAUCGACGACGCGGAGCUACUUUCGCUCCUCGAUCGAAUGCUGGCGGUCGACUGGAGGAAGAGGCCGUCGCUGAAACAAGUGUCGGAUCAUCCAUGGACGAAUAAACUGACCGCGAAUGGGGAAUAUGUUCAAUAG